GUUGCCACAUCCGCUUGACCGACUUGAUAUGCAAGCAAACAAAAUCAGGACAUUGCCAUGUUAUCUUUUAAAACAUCACUAAAGAAGAUAACAUCAUACAAAGAUGACAAAUUAUUAAGAGACAUCACUUUCUUAACAAUGCUAAACACUUUCCUUUAAUAGAAACACGGAAACUUUAUUUUAAUACAUUCCGAAAAGGUGCCAGCUGCAAUCACCUAUAUAUGGAAGUAUGGAACCAUGAUCAUGAUGCCACGCCUCUGGUAAUCAUGGUCUUGUUGAAAACCUGGACAGUUAAAACAUGAAUACGUCAAGAAUCAAGAUAAAACACUCAAAAGAAACAAAGUUUCCAGGUUUACCAAAAUAGUAAUAUAUAGACAAUACGAAAAUAGUUUUGAUGCAUCGUAUCUGUAACGUCACACGAUCCAUCACGGGCCAUAACCUAGGCAACAUGUUAAUGGGUCAUAUAUGGAGAGAGUAGUAAACUCUUGGUGUAGCUUUCUUCUCCAGUGUUGAUAAGAUAUAAGAAGACUAUUACUUUUUUCAACUUUUUCCUCAGAGAGUUGAUGAUUCCAAAAGCCAACGUCACCAUCUGUGGACUGGACCCUAUACACAGAAACUCAGCCAGCCACAAGAUAAUCACACAACUUUUCAAGACCACUAACUUCUCGCCAAGUGUAAGCCCCUCCAAGGUUCUAUCCUUUCCUUUUGCCUUCUUAGUCCCUUGCCUUCAUUUACAAUCUUCUCUCACCAACAACAAACUAGUACCAUCUGAAUUAAAACAUGUUGAAACAAGAGGGUAACUGGGCACAAACCUGUGACACAUGCCGAUCAGCCGCAUGCACUGUCUACUGCCGACCUGACUCUGCCUACUUAUGCACCAGCUGCGAUGCUCAAAUUCAUGAAGCCAAUCGUCUUGCUUCCCGCCACGAACGUGUUAGAGUCUGUCAAUCAUGUGAGAGAGCCCCGGCUGCCUUCUUCUGCAAGGCAGAUGCUGCUUCUCUAUGCACGGCUUGUGAUUCACAGAUUCAUUCCGCAAAUCCACUUGCUAGACGCCACCAGCGUGUUCCAAUCCUGCCAAUCUCUGGUUCCAUGGUCACUAACCAUUCGAGUGAGACGACAGAGGCAGAGGACAUAGUGGUGGUGGGUCAAGAAGAAGAAGAUGAAGCAGAGGCGGCUUCUUGGUUGUUGCCUACUUCAGUUAAAAACUGUGGUGACAACAACAAUAACAACAACAACAGUCAGGACAAUAGGUUCUCGGUUGGUGAAGAGUAUCUGGACCUUGUCGAUUACAGUAAGUAUCAACAAGACUACAACGUACCUCAGAGGAGGAGCUAUGUGGCAGAUGGGGUUGUUCCACUUCAGGUUGAAGUAUCAAAGAGUCUGAGUCACAUGCACCACGAGCAACACAACUUUCAGUUUGGUUUCACCAAUGUCUCCUCAGAAGCUUCCCCAAUUCAUAUGGUUAGUCUUGUGCCAGAGUCAACAUUGAGUGAGACAACAGUUUCAAACCCAAGAUCGCCCAAAGCGGCAACGGAGGAAUUACCUGAAGCCCCAGUUCAGAUGCUGAGUCCAAUGGAGAGAAAGGCUAGGGUGAUGAGGUAUAGAGAGAAGAAGAAGACAAGGAAGUUUGAGAAGACGAUAAGGUAUGCUUCAAGGAAAGAGUAUGCAGAGAAAAGACCAAGGAUCAAAGGCCGGUUUGCAAAGAGGAACGAAGUUGAUGCAGAGGAGGCAGACAAAGCUUUCUCCUCAAUGGUCAUGUUUGACACAGGAUAUGGAAUUGUUCCUUCAUUCUGAUAAUACUCGUAUGGUUUAACUAGAUUCCAUGCUUGUAGUUAUCACCACUGUAAUGCAAAUAGGUCUCUAUUUUUGUCUAACUAGUACGAAUUAAUUAGAUAUAUUUUUAUUUUGCUGUUGUA